AAUCACAAUCUCUCUCUCUCACACACACGCACAUACAUAUAAUAUUCUCCUACCGGAGUUUCCCACAUUCUUUCAGAGAGGCGAUCAUGACCUUCGGCGACCGGAAGCACCGCCGGAGCGCUAGGGCGCCGCUCCUCCCCGAAAAGCACGACCAUCACGAGCCCCUCGAGACCGGCUUCGAUGGAGCGUCCUUCUCCGGCGCUGUCUUCAACCUCUCCACCACCGUCGUCGGCGCCGGAAUCAUGGCUCUCCCGGCGACGAUCAAGCAGUUGGGGAUGGUCCCGGGGCUGAUCGCUAUCGUCUUGGCGGCUAUGUUGACUGAAUCGUCGAUCGACAUGAUACUCAGAUUCACCAGAGCUUCCAAGACAACCUCCUACUCCGGUCUCGUAGGAGACGCCUUCGGCGGAGCCGGUCGGACGCUCUUGCAGGUCUGCAUCGUCGUCAAUAACGUCGGCACUCUCGUCGUCUACCUGAUCAUCAUCGGUGAUGUUUUGUCAGGGACGUGGUCAGCUGGAGGUGGGGUUCAUCAUUCGGGUGUGUUGGAAGAAUGGUUUGGUCAAAGUUGGUGGACCACACGCUCAUCUUUAUUGCUUCUCACGACGAUUUUGGUUUUUGCUCCGCUUAUAUCAUUCAAGCGAGUGGAUUCGUUGAGAUAUACAUCAGCCUUGUCAAUGGGUUUGGCUGUUGUAUUUGUGGUGAUCACAGCAGGAGUAGCUGUUAUGAAGCUGAUAAAUGGAAGCAUUGGAAUGCCACGUUUGCUUCCUGAACUUGAUGGUCAGGCAUCUUUCUGGAAGCUUUUCACAACUGUUCCUAUACUAGUCACUGCCUAUAUCUGCCACCACAACAUUCACCCAAUAGAGAAUGAACUGAAAGAUCCCACACAUAUGAAGUCAAUAGUCCGGACAUCAAUCACACUGUGUUCAUCUGUCUAUGUUGCAACCAGCUUCUUUGGGUUUCUCCUCUUUGGGAAUCAGACACUAGAUGAUGUACUGGCCAAUUUUGAUGGUGAUCUUGGGAUCCCAUAUAGUUCAUUUCUUAAUGAUGUAGUGAGGCUGAGCUAUGGCAUUCACCUGAUGCUUGUUUUCCCAAUCGUAUUCUUUUCUCUUCGUCUCAAUGUGGAUGGCCUUCUAUUUCCGUAUGCUAUUCCAAUUGCCUUGGACAACCGGAGAUUCUACUUGGAAACAGCAGCUCUCAUGGGCUUUGUUUUUUUGGGAGCCAAUUUUGUGCCUAGCAUUUGGGACGCUUUUCAGUUCACUGGUGCCACAGCUACUGUCUCUGUUGGAUUCAUUUUUCCAGCUGCCAUUGCCCUUAGGGACAACCAUGCAAUCGCAACAAAGAAUGAUAGGCGGGUAUCAUGGGUGAUGAUAGUUUUAGCUGUGUCGUCAAGCACUGUGGCCAUUUCCAGUGACAUUUACAGCAUUUUCAUUAGUGGCAAAGGAAUUGAAAGUUGAUCUAAUAGGGAAUUUGUCUGAGAUGCAGUAUUUAAUUGACAGAGAAGCACACCGUUGCAGUUAAACCUUUUGGUUUCCUGUUGAUCUUCUAUGCUUCUCAGUUUUGUUAACUAGAGGGAAUGUUGUGUGACAUUCCGGGGAUUUUCCACCCAAAGCAAAGAGAAACAAGCAACUUCAGGUAUUCCCGGUUGGUCUGUCUUCUUUCUGGAGGGUUCAUACAAAAAUUUCAAAGUGAAUGUAUGUGUGUAUAUAGAGAUUGAUGAUAGGAGUUUGAAUUAUUUCCUUGUGUGUGUGUGUGUGUUGUAAAAUUAUAUUUAUUUUUCAUUUCAUUUAAGUUGUUCAUUAGGUAGAGCGAAAUGUCAACAGAUUCAUGUAACAAACUCCAAAUAGUUAGGAGAUGGAGAAGAUUUUGUUGGGUUGAGUUGAAUUACACACAUUGUACAUUAAAUUCUUUUUUCUUUUC